UGUCACACUGGACGUUAGCGUGCGAAUAACGGUCCCAUAAAUGACAACGGCUGCACCCCCUUCUGGCACAGAGUGGAUUCAGACCUGCCAGAGAGCCCAUAUACCUUAUUACACCGGUUCUUCUCCUAGCCUCUCUUUGAUCAUCUAUUACAAGCCUAACAUUUCUAGAGUGAAUAGGAGAAAGAGAUUCUUCUGAUACUCGAGUGGAUAUUAAGUGACAUUUGUGUUCACUCUCCUCUCUCUGUUUUAAAGAAGAAAAAGGCUCACCAUGCUCUCUGCGUGUCUGGAGGUCCUUGGGAUGGGGUUGUGCCUACUGGGCUCGCUCCUGGUCAUGGUCGCGUGCGGGCUGCCCAUGUGGAAGGUGACGGCGUUCAUCGAUAUGAAUAUCGUGGUUGCGCAGACCAUCUGGGACGGGCUCUGGAUGUCGUGCGUGGUGCAGAGCACGGGUCAGAUGCAGUGCAAAAUGCACGACUCGAUGCUUGCGCUCAGCCAGGACCUGCAGACGGCGCGCGCCCUCACGGUGAUAUCGGCGGUGCUGGGGGUGGCGGGGCUGGUGGUGACCAUCGCUGGAGCUCAAUGCACCAACUGCAUCAAGACCGAAUCGGUGAAAGCCAAAGUGGUGAACGCAGGUGGGGUGGUCUACAUCAUCAGCGGUCUAUUGGUGCUGGUUCCCCUCUGUUGGAUGGCCAACAACAUCAUAGUAGACUUCUACAACCCAGAUGUGUCCUCGUCCAAGAAGAGGGAGAUAGGAGCAGCCAUCUACAUUGGCUGGGCGGCCACAGCCCUGCUCCUUCUGGGGGGAACCCUGCUGUGCUGCUCCUGUCCCCAGGGAGCCAAGAGCGCCUAUCCCAUCAAAUAUGCCCCCACCAAGACCAUCUCGGCCAAUGGAGACUUCGACAAGAAACAUUAUGUGUAGGCUACAACUUUGUUUCGGGGUCUGGCCAUGGGUUCAUGGGUCUGAUGAACAGAAAUGGAAAAAUUCAAUUUUUUUUGCCAAAGGAAUGGAACCCUAUACGCGCCGAGAUCGUGGCUCAAGACUGACCAAGAAGUUGAAACACUUGUGGUGUAGUCUAUCUAUUGCGUAACAUUUUCAAGACUUAAAUCUUGUAUUUGCAUAUGAUUCUUUUACAUCAGGUAUUAUAUAGGCUUUCUGUAAAAAUGUUCAUGUUCAUGUUGUUAUCGGUUGACACUAGUCUAUUGUCUCGCCAGAGUCUGCUGUGGAUAAAGCUCAUUGUUCUCCACUGGCUUUACUGUGUCUGCUUGGAAGUUUUAAAUAACCACAUAAUGUACAUCUUUGCAGAGACUGGUAAUAAGUUAACAUGUUUAGGUUCCCACACUGGACUCCUCCUUUGUAACACAGUGAAUGCUACUCAGACAAAUGUUCACUCAUACCAUGAUCAAAGGAGCUUAUUUGCGUUUGAAUGCUGUUGUAUUUUACUGCAUGGCUGAGUGUGUAUCUAUCUUUUGUCCUAGCCCUCUUUAAAGUACUGGGCAAUUGUUGUUCUUUAAUAAAAAAAGGAAAUCCCAA